AGAUCCCCUCGGUGACACCACGCUUGGCCACCCGCAACCAGACGUCCUUCCGUGUGACCUGGCCCCGCCCCCCCGUGCCGGUGGAUGGCUACCAGGUGGCCCUCAUUCCCCUGGACGAGCCAGCAGCGAUGACCACCCAUGAGCUGCCUGGCUCCGCUGUCACCUUCGAGGUGACGGGACUGGCACCCGGCCACGCCUUCGAGCUUUUCAUCCAGGCCCAGCGGGAGCAGCACCUCGGGGCGCCCGGCACCCUGCGAGUCCGCACCGUGCUUGCCCAGACUCUGCCCACCCACGGGGGGUCCCCAGGGUCCCCUCAGGGUUCCCUGGGGUCCCCGGCAUCACCAGUGGCCCCAGCGUCACCAUCUACCCGAGGGUCUCCGGCAUCCCCAGGGUUUCCAUCCUCCCCAGUAUCUCGAGGCUCGCCGGGGUCCCCAGCAUCCCCAAGGUCUCCAGUAUCACCAGAGUCCCCAGCAUCACCGGUGUCCCCUGAAUCCCCAGGGUCAUCAGUGUCCCCAAGGUCCCCAGAGGCACCAGUAUCCCCAGUGUCCCCAAGGUCACCUGUGUCUCCAUGGUCCCCAGCAUCACCACAAUCCCCUGUGUCACCUCCAUCUCCAUGGUCCCCAGUGUCCCCAGCAUCCCCACUGUCCCCAGUGCUCCCGGUUGGCCCAUCUCUGCAUGACCUGGGGGCCAAGCUCUCCUCCUACAAUGGCUCCUUGCUGCAGCGCCUGGAGAGCCACCUCCGGGCUACAAACUUCCCCCUCCGGGGCAACCAAACGGUGCCGGCAGUGGCCCGCGCCAUCCUCUCUUACCUUCUGCGUCGCAGCCCGGCCCUGUUGCGUCACCAGCUCCUUCGCCAGAUCCCCCACCCCAAGCCCCAGCUGAUGCCAGGGGCUGCUGGUGAGGCUCUGGUGGACCUGGACGGGCUACGGGGCCAUGCAGAGACUGUGGUGAUCCGUUACCGGCUCCUGGAAGAGCCGGAGGGGGCCGAGGGGGAGCUGCAGGUGCCAGGGGACACAGCGGUGGCCCGGGUGCCAGGGCUGGUGCCGGGGGCCAUGUACCGGGUGGAGGUGCACGGCGUGGUGCGGGGGCACGUCUCCAAGUCCUACACAUUCCUGGUGACGGCAGGGGUAGGUGGCACCAAUGAGCCCCCGCUGGACUGGGAGCACAAGUAUGAGAUGGAGUUGACGGAGCCCAAAGGUGCUAUAGCCAAAGCAGCUCCGCCAUCGGAGGAACCACCACUCCGGCCCCGCCUGGGCGAGCUCACUGUCUCCCAUGUCACCUCUGGCUCCAUCCAGCUGGAGUGGAGUGUCCUUGAGGGCACCUUUGACUCCUUCACGGUGCAGUACAGGGAUGCCCAAGGCCAGCCUCAGGCACUUGCAGUUGAUGGCGGGUCCCGCACAGUGACGGUGCCUGGGCUGUCACCAUCCCGCCGCUACAAGUUCAACCUGUACGGGGUGUGGGGUCGGAAACGGAUUGGUCUUGUCUCUACUGAUGCCGUCACAGCCCCAGCCUCACCAAAGAAGGAACCACCAUCACAGCCCAUCCUGGGCGAGCUCACAGCCUCCCAUGUCAGUCCCAACUCUGUCCAACUGGAGUGGAGCGUCCCCAAGGGCACCUUUGACUCCUUCACGGUGCAGUACAGGGAUGCCCAAGGCCAGCCCCAGGUACUGCCCGUGGACGGUGGUUCACGUACGGUGAGGGUGCCACCCCCCCCCCCCUACAAGUGCAGCCUGUAUGGGGUGUGGGGUCGGAAACGCCUGGGCCCCGUCUCCACCGAUGCCGUGACAGUUACAGCUGCAGCCAAGCCAGAGGAGGAAGCACCAUCGCAGCCCAUCCUGGGCGAGAUGCCGGCCUCCCACGUCAGCCCUGACUCCAUCCAGCUGGAGUGGAGCGUCCCCGAGGGCACCUUUGACUCCUUCACGGUGCAGUACAAUGAUGUCCAAGGCCGCCGCUACAAGUUCAACCUGUACGGGGUGUGGGGUCGGAAACGCCUGGGCCCCGUCUCCACCGAUGCCGUGACAGCUGCGGCCGAGCCAGAGGAAGAAGCACCAUCGCAGCCCAUCCUGGGCGAGCUGACGGCCUCCCACGUCAGCCCCGACUCCGUCCAGCUGGAGUGGAGCAUCCCCGAGGGCACCUUUGACUCCUUCACGGUGCAGUACAGGGAUGCCCAAGGGCAGCCCCAGGUGCUGCCCGUGGACGGUGGUUCACGUACGGUGAGGGUGCCUGGGCUGUCACCAUCCCGCCGCUACAAGUUCAACCUGUAUGGGGUGUGGGGUCGGAAACGCCUGGGCGGUGGGAAACGCCUGGGCCCCGUCUCCACCGAUGCCGUGACAG